GCACCGAAGGCGUGAACCUGGAAGUGGCGCUACCCCAGGUAGAGACUGACCAUGGAAAGGAACCCCUCUGAUGGCACGGGCCCCGUGCAUGUGCCUUUGGGGCAUGUUGUGGCGAAUGAGAAAUGGCGCAGGUCACAGCUGGCGCAGGAGAUGCAAGGGAAAAUUAAGCUCAUUUUCGAGGAUGGCUUAACACCAGACUUUUAUCUGUCGAACAGAUGCUGCGUUCUUUAUGUCACCGAAGCUGAUUUGGUGGCAGGAAAUGGCUACAGAAAGAGGCUUGUUCGGGUUAGAAAUUCCAAUAAUAUUCAAGGAAUUGUAGUUGUUGAAAAAACCCGGAUGAGUGAACAAUACUUCCCAGCCUUACAGAAGUUUACUGUGCUGGACCUUGGAAUGGUGCUGCUUCCAGUGGCCAGCCAGAUGGAAGCAUCCUGCCUCAUCAUCCAGUUGGUUCAAGAGCAAAUCAAAGAGCCCAGUAAGAACCCUCUUCUAGGGAAGAAACGGGCCCUGCUGCUGUCUGAGCCAUCCCUCCUUCGAACCGUGCAGCAGAUCCCAGGAGUUGGAAAAGUUAAAGCUCCCCUUCUGCUCCAGAAGUUUCCAAGCAUCCAGAAACUGAGUAAUGCUUCCAUUCGGGAACUGGAGCAGGUGGUCGGACAAGCAGUGGCACAGCAGGUCCAUGCCUUCUUCACACAGCCCAGGUGAGGGCUGGCCUCAGGGACAUGGCAUCGUCUCCCCAGACCACAAACAUCAGGAUCUUGUUUUCAGCUUUAAAAUACAAGAAAAAGGUCCUGGUGCGGUGGCUCAUGCCU